AUGGUGUUUGCCUCAGAUGCAGAGAGCUGUCCAGACCCUCCACCAGUGGACAACAGCAUAUUUGUGGCAGAGGAGGUGGAAGGACAGCUUCUGGGCACCUACAUUUGUAUUAUGGGCUACCACCUGGUGGGAAAGGAAACCUUUGUUUGCAAUGCCUCUGAGGAGUGGGAUGUCUCUCCCACUGAGUGCCGCUUGGGCCACUGUCCCGACCCUGUGCUGGCAAAUGGCAAGUGCAAUUCUUCUGGGCCUGUGAAUGUAGGUGACAUGAUCACAUUUAAGUGCAAUGACCAGUACAUCCUCAAGGGCAGUGACUGGAGCGAGUGUCUAGAUGACCACACCUGGGAGCCUCCCCUUCCCAUCUGCAGAAGUAGAGACUGUGACCCUCCUGGGAAUCCAGUUCAUGGCUAUUUUGAAGGAGGAAGUUUCACUUCAGGAUCUGUCAUUACUUAUUAUUGUGAAGAGAGAUACCGCUUAGUGGGCACCCGGGAGCUGCAAUGCAUUGAUGGGGAGUGGAGCAGUGAGCCUCCCGCCUGUGAGCCGAUCCAGGAAACUCCCAAGCCAGCUAUACUGAGCAUUCUUGAGAAAGUGCUGCUCAUGUUUCAGGAGAAUGAGGACCUUUGCAGUGACAUGGGGAACUUCAUUAAAAACCUGAAGCAAAGUGGCUUAACAAUGGAAGAAGUGAAACACUCCCUGGAGGUGAAGAAAGCGAGGUUGGAGGCAAAUGUACUGCUGAAACAUAAUAAAUAA